ACUGUUUCACUGGAAUUUUCUUGUUUCUAGAGCUGCUUCAGUCUGGAUUUCCGAAUUUGAAAAGAAAGGACGCUCAAGAACCCGUCGCGAGUCGGGGGGCGGUGGCAAGGACAUAAUGUGGAAAGCGCAGGCGGUAUCAAAGUGAAAAAAGCCCCCACCCCAUAUCGAAAACGAAAUUUGUGAUGCUGUAUUUGAGUACACAAAUGUAAUGCUAGAAGGCCAAGAGACGCAGCUUUGGCCUCGUUUGCAGGCAAUUUGUCAUGCUGUUUCCCACUUCGAGCUGCCCCCUGUCAUGCUGAAGAUGCACGGCCUUCCCACGCCAACCAGUACUACAGUCCGCAUCUUUUCCCUUCUAGCAUGACAAAGCUGAUUUGUGGCCACAAAUCUGCAUCAUUUUGGCUUUGUUUUUCCUCCGUUGCUGUCGUUUGGUCCCCAGGGCUGCUUCGGACAGAGCCCCCUGGGUUACCUCGGUCGAGUGGUCGUGCGGUUCGGUUCUCCUAUGCCCAUGCCUACCGUGUACUUGCCGCUGGGUACUGGUAGAGCGUCUCUUUCGUCAGCCUGUUUCGCUUCGGCGAUACGACAUGGCGAUUGUUUGGGGAGGUUCCUUACGGUCCCCUCAGGGCAUUGCCUCGUCGCUGACCUAUGGAAACGGGCGGUCAGGUCAGCUUCGGGAAGGGUAUCCGGAGUUGAGUUAGCUUCGGCUUUCUCUUGUGUAUUCGAGGGCAGUGGUUGGCGGAGGUAGUUGGGAUGUUCCUAAACAGUCAUCCCAGAACAUUUGUGUUCCUUUCUGACUUCCUCAUUUCCUGUGCAGUAUUUUACUGCAUAUACAGGCGCCACCCUCGUUUAUCACCUCCAGGGCUACGUGCGACCCCUCCGACGCUGCGUGUGGAAGGAGGAAGUUCGGCGUGUUGGGGGUGAGGGACCCCCAACGAGGCCUGCGGAUAUCGGGAGGAAAACAGGCACAAAUCUGCAUCACAAAUUUCUAGUUUGAGUAUGGGGAGGGGGGAUUUUUCCUUUUGAUAGGCGGCCUGGCGCGCGCUGCGCACGCCUGCGCCACGACUGAUGCUCGAGGAUAGCAUAUCCUCAGUAAAAAUGUGCCCAACCCCUGAUCAAGACGGGAAAUCUGCUAGACAAAUCCAGAAGUUUUGGUACUGACACAUGAGAACUUUGGAUAUGCAGUUUGGAUGUGCUUGGCUAGUCAAGUCACUCUCUUCUCGUCAAUAGUUCAUACUAGGGUUGCAGCUCCGACCGCGGCUAGAAAAGGCACGCCCUCCAUUCGGAACCGCAGAGGACAUGAUAUUCUGGGCCUGCGUAUCAUGCAUGACAAUUCUCCCUGGGCGGGUCAAAACGUUUUUACACGGGACAUAGCACCAAAGCUGGCAAGUUGUUUCCCGUCGUGCCCGCAGAGUUGCUGUGGAAAUUUUCGCCGAAAUGGAGCACUGAGGAUAAGGUACAGCAGGCACGACUUGACAAGUGCUAGGUCGUUUAAAAUUUUCAUCUCUACAUACUUACACCUAGUGAGAUCUCCUUCAGACUGACCAGCAGACAGUGUCCUCCAUGGUAAUAUUUCGGCAUGAAAUAAUUAUGCUAGCAUGCAAUGAAAAUAACUACAGUGGCUCUUUUUGUGGACAUCUACGAAGCACGCGUGCAUCGCCGCCGGGGUCCUGUUCUGGUACGGUCAUCAGCCUAUCGCAUAGAAAAGUACACCCUGACCGAAAGAGAAAACAUUUGCGAAGGCAAGAAAAAUGCGGGCUUCGUCUGUUCAGCAUCACAGAUCCUCUUGAUGCUUCUCUAAUCUUCCCUUUCCCGCUUUACAAUAGCCAUUCUGCGUGAGAGUUUUUCCUGCCUCUUGCGGAACGCAAUUGCAAAAAGUUUUUUGUGCCACAAAAGGAGCAAAAAUGCAUAGUCUGAUUUUAUUCUGAAUCUGGUAUGGGUCGACUUUGGCUUUUCUCCUGGAUACAGCCCUUCGGAGGCGCAAACUACCACGACCUGUACAAGACACCGCUCUACCGCGCCUACAUUGCCAAGCUGCAGCGCUCAGGUAUGUUUAUCUACUUUUGUUUGAUCGUUUGCAUUUUCAUGGAUUCGAGUCUAUCGUCCUCGUCCAGAACAGCACGGACUGGACCCGGAGAUCGGAGGAAUCUACGUAUAUUUUUGCUACGACAAAAAUACUUAGGUGAACUAGCGGAAAAUCGGCGGUUGAAACGCACAUCCUUCUACUUAUGGGAGUAUAGAAAUCAGGUUGGAAAUUUACAAAUUGGAACUAUAUUGCCAUGCAUAAAAUCGAUGCGAAUUUCGCACACCAUUUCCAAGCAGCGCAUGGCGCGUCUCGUCUCAAGAUGCCAUGUUGUUUUGCACAAAAAGAUUGGCGGCCCCGCCACGCUCUUCAAGAAGCUUUCGAUGGCCUUUGUCAGGCUUACAGUCGGCCACUUUAUAUAUUUGCGUUCCUGCAAAGAAGUAUUGAACUUGUGGCUAGCAUUUUACGCAACGCAAGGAGUUGUUUAAUCAUCCGGUUUGUCCAUUUCCAAGUUGACACUCCCAUACUUCCUUCCGGGUGAAGACGUGGAGGAAUCCGACGCCAUUCCAGAUUACAAGAAGUGGGACAAUUUCCGUCAGAAAUCGAUGAUGCGUUACUAG